GUCGUAGCAAUAGCAAUAGCCCGCGACUUGUAGACAAUCGCUGAUCGCAGUUCAAAACACCGAGGUCGUGAUGGCUCGCGUGUGUAUGCUACUGCUUUGUUUGUGUCUAGUGGGAUGGUCUUCUGGAAGCUCAAGACAAAAACGCAUCGUUGGAGGAGAGCCCGCUAGUCCACCUCCUCCCGGAGCAUCGGAGGACGAAAACGUUGUGGAAAACCCGGCGUUAACCUCUGUCCAGCCGGUUAAGCCUACGACAACCACGACCACCACUAGACCGCGGUUGCCAGCAGACGACGGAGGCCCCAUCGUGUUCCUACGGAGAGGUCGGCGGCAGGCGAGGGUGACUGGAGUGAAAGAACCAGAGGGAAUCUACGCCUUCAAAGGGUUGAGGUACGCUCGGCCUCCAACUGAGUCUUUGCGUUUUCAGCGGCCACGGAAGUUUAAGCCCGAUGGAGAGUUGGAAGCCAAAGCACACGGACCGCCUUGUCCACAGACAAUCGGGGAUCACCAGGUCGUCAUCGGCAAUGAGGACUGUCUCUUCCUCGACGUGUACACACCUCAGCUCCCUCGUUCAAGUGACACUGCCAGAACUUCUACACAGCAGAAAGGAUACCCGGUGUUGUUCUGGAUCCACGGAGGAGGAUUCCGCCGAGGAGCGGGCUCCCAGUAUGGCCCAGCACAUCUUUGUAAGAAGGGAGUCGUCGUUGUCACUAUUCAGUACCGGCUUGGCUCUCUUGGGUUCCUCAGUGCAGGACGUGAAGAGCUCCCUGGAAACGCUGGAUUGUUUGACAUCCUCGCGUCCCUAGACUACACUCGCCGCUACAUUCAGUUCUUUGGAGGAGACCCUUCACGCAUCAUACCAGCUGGACAGGGUACAGGGGCUAGUGUUGCCAUGAUGCUCGGCCUAUCACAGUUCUCUAAAGGGUUUAUCCGUGGAGUGAUCGCCAUGAGUGGUUCAGCCAUCUCCUCGUUUGCUGUUGACCAAGAACCAGAGAAGACGUCUCGUAGCGUCUCAGCUGUGGAGGAGACUUGCCAGAGCCAACAGGACACUCUAGCGUUUGUGAGAUGUAUGCAGAAACUACCCUUAGAGACAAUCCUGAGAGCAGAUGAUAAACUACAGUCUGAAAGACUAUCGAGUGGUAACCCUGGACAGUCAUAUCUCAACAGUAUCUCCAAACUACUCAACCCCGGUCCAACAGUCGAGGGGGAAGAUGACUUCAGGUUCCUCCCUAACUUCCUGACGUCCAAGCCCUCUGACUCCCUACAGAAGGGAGAUAUUGCCAAGGUGCCGUUGUUGACUGGCGUUACUAAAGAGGAAACCAGCACCAGUGCCAAGGGAGGUGGAAUUGCCACUCAACUCCUUGGUCAACUGGAAGCUACGGAAGAAGCAGUAGAAAGCCUGAUACCUCAGCUCCUCAACAUAAACUCAGGUAUCUUUGGCAACACCUCCCUGAAUCCCGUUCUAAGUCAACUGUUUUCCAACACUGGCUACCUGAAAGGUAUCACCUCCAGUUUAAACAGCUUAGCAAGUACUGUGGAUAAAAUCAUAGAGAUGACAACAGACGCUCUUUUCAAUCUCCCGGCGUUCCUCUCCUCGCAGUCUUGGUCUAAGAAAGACAAAGUCUACUUGUACAGGUUUGAACAUGAAUCUCAGACUUCUACUGCAGACGACUUCCUGCAGGACUACCCCUUGACUCAGCAGAAGGAAGACAAACCUGUGCCAGGUGUGGGACAUGGUGAUGACUUGAUCUACCUAUUCGACCUCAAAUCUGUGGAUGGAAAACCGUUGUUUGGAGGAGAAUUGACUGAUCCCCACGACAUCACAGUUAGAGAGCACUUCACUGAUAUGGUGGCUGAAUUCUGUAAAACUGGAUUGCCCAAGAUCUCUGGUCGCAGCCUAAAGCCGUUCACUGCAGAAGGAGGAGACUACGUUAUCAUCAAUGAGACACCAAAGGAGGCCCGUGGCUUCCGCAAAUGUCAGAUGGGUCUGUGGGCUGGACUUACAGAGGUCCUCAAAUCAGCUGAGUGUAGUUUCCUUCAGCUGGGUGAUGUACUUAACAAUGUUGUAACUGACAACUUACAAAAUGUAACUGUCAAGGCCACAGAUACACUGGUCCAGCCGGCUACUGGCUUGGCUAAUGGACUGAACAACACGGCUACCUCGUUGACCGGAGGAUUAACCGGAUUGAUUGGGGGUAAAAAACCUGCUCAAGGAGCGACCACGAAGAAACCCUCAAACUUUCUAGGUCUGGGAUAGAGCAUAAGUGUAUAUUGUUGUGAUCGUAUUGAUGUACAACUUUGAUUUAAUUGUAUGACGCUCAAUGUAUGUUAAUAUACUUUUUAAUGUUUA